CUCUCCAGCGUACAAGAUCUUCUGUUGCAGGGGUUUGUAAUAACACCACUAUCAGCAAAGAUCUCUAGCUCGUUGAACAUGAUGCAAAAGUAAUUUUUGAAUCAUUACAAAAACUAAGAUAAUUUCCAGAAGCGUUAAUCGUAUGUGCAUUGAUAUAUUGAUAAAAAGUGUAUCCAAUGAUGUUUAAUGUGCUUCAAAUGUAGUCCAUUAUCUAAUGAGUAGAAGUGGUGUUGAGUGAUAGUUGAGUUCAAGUGAAAUGUGUAUUAGACCUUCAUAUAAACUUUGAAAACUGUGUAAAAAAUUGAUCUUAAUUUAUAGUGAAUGUUAAAAGUGAUAAAGUGAAAGGUGCAAAAAAAACAUUGCAAUUGUUAAAUGGUUUAAAUACGACAAUCUCCAUUGGAAAACGAUUCAAAAUGACAACAACGCCAGCAUUCGCGAUCGUCUCGAAAAAAAAACGUGUUGUUAAGCUAUGUUGCCUUGGAGUGUUGUUCUUGACACUAGCGUAUGCAGUCAUUGUGAUAGAUCCCACCGAAGUAAUUGUCGAAGACAAACUGUCCAUGUAUGAAGGAUCCUAUUUAAACCGCUUAUGGAAGAAGCCACCGUUAGAGGUUUUCAUCAGUAUUUACGUGUUCAAUGUUACCAACCCGGUGGCCUUCAUGCGGGGCGAGGAGCGCUUACGUGUACAGGAAAUAGGGCCGUACGUAUACCAGGAAUUUUUGGAACACCGCAACUCUACCUUCAACCAGAAUGGUACGCUUAGCUUUGUACCCGUGCGAAGACAGGUGUUUGUACCGGAACGAUCGGUGGGUGAUCCGAAGCAAGAUCGUAUUAUGAUACCGAACAUAGCGUUGUUAGGUGUGUCAAGCGCUGCCUAUCGCAUGUCUACGUUUGCCGCAUUUGCAGUAGCCGCUGCUCUCAAGCCUCUCGGCAUGUCGCCUAUUCUAAACAUUACCACUCAUGAUCUCCUCUGGGGCUACGAUGAUCCUCUGGUAAGGAUUGCGUCAACCUUGCUGCCAGAUAUAAUUCAUUUUCAAAAAUUAGGCGUAUUAGAUCGGAUGUUUGACGAUGGAUUCGAUACGGUCACCAUAAAUUUACCCCAAUCGGUACAUAACCAACGACACGAUGCGGAAAUCGACAUAUUACCUGAAGAUAUCUCGGAUGAUCUGAUCGUAGGCUUAGAAGAAGAAUAUUAUCAUGAUUUAAUAUCGCGUUCAACAACCGAAGAACUGAUCCGUGACUAUUCAAUUGACGUUUGGAAUGGAUCUCCUGGUCUAGCUCAUUGGGGUUAUGUCGCAAAGGAUCAUUGGGAUGCGAAUAGACGAAACACACCAUGUAAUACCUUACAAGGUUCAUAUGAUGGCUCAGUUUUUCCUCGAAACAUUUCUAAAACAGAAGUAUUUAAGGUGUAUCGUAAAGCUUUCUGUCGCACCUUACCGAUAGCAUUCGAACGCGAAGGCGAAGUGGAUGGCAUCAAGGCAUACUGGUUCUCAAUUAAGGAAAAUGCAUUCGAAAGCUCUAUGGAUGAUCCGUACACAUCGUGCUACUGUAAAAACAAUCGAUGUUUACCAAAAGGACUAGGGGAUUUGAGUCCCUGCUGGUACAACAUACCCGUAGCGGUCUCCUUACCGCAUUUCUACAAAGGGGAUCCAUCUCUUUCGCAAGCGAUUGAUGGGUUAAGCCCAAACAAGGAAAAACAUGACGCUGUUAUCAUUAUGCAACCGCAACUCGGUAUUCCUAUGAAAGCAAACAUUCGUGUACAGAUCAGCCUAUUAACAAACGUAAGCUUCAAUUCAGAGCUAAGACCAUUCCACAAUACUGUGAUUCCGUUGAUAUGGGCUGAAAUGUCUUUAGAAAAGCUCACGCCAGAGUUAAUACUUCUGCUCAACUUACUAUUCGGUAUUGCACCUUAUUUGCAAACAGGAUUCGUUUGCGUACUAGCAUUGCUGGGAGCUUCUUUAAUUGCAACUGCGGCGUUAGUAUUGCUGUGCUCAUCUGAUGCGACUACAUUCGAAUAUGAUCCAAGGAAGUCUAUCAGAUACUCUACUGUAAAUAUAAUCCCAUAUCCGUUGAGAAAAGAAUUAGAGAAAUAUGGAGAAACUGAAGUUAUACGUCGCGAGCCGCUACUUAUUGAAAAUGUCGCAUGAUGUUUUCCAUGAUUUUGAUGUGAUCGUGAAGGCUUACUGCUCUGCGAUUCUAUGUGUAAUACGAAAUAGUUGUGAUGGAAAAGGACUGAAUUUCUAUUCUUAUAGAAUAGAUUACUACCUGCGCCCACGGUUCUAACAAGGGACAGUAACCAAUUCCUCCAUAUGGUUUAAAGGGUUUUGAGUCAAAUAAUGUACUAAUUAAUCUACUCGGUGAAAUGAUUCAAAUAGUUCGGGAAAGUUAUCAACGUUGCUAUGGAGGUUUGCAAGCAUAUAGGGGAAUAUAGCCAACUCUCUCUUACUUGAAAGCCGAUGGGAUUGUCAAAUAAGAUGGGUUUUCAAAUUAGAGACCUAAGUAUAUAAAAUUGAGAGGUCGAUGGAUCGCUUGAUUUUGGUCCACCAUUUUCAAAGCUUGUUUUUGACAGUUAUAUGAAAAGGUGUUCACAAACGAUUCCACAUAGCCAAACACUGUUUAGGGCCAAUUGUGCAUUUUCUCUACAAAUCCUAGUGUAACUAAAAAUUUCCUUCUCAUGUACGUGGCAUGAAGUAGUUUUUUAAGUACAAACAUUGUGAACAAACAUUGUAAAAAUGACCAAAAAAGCAUUCAAACCACUGUAUGCACAACAACUAAAACCUCAAUGCAUGCUGCGAUGAAACUAUUGAAGCUUUUCCAUCUAGUUGUCAAAACUUUCCCACGCUUUUUGAUCAUAUGUUCUGGAUGAAUCGACCUCUGUAUUAAAUAGACUUUGUUAGAGACAUUGAAAGUGAAAGACAAGUUCAUAAAUGCUAGAAAUAUUUAGGGAUAGAAUAUUUAGUAUGCAACCUUGAUUGAUGCUAUAGGAAACUGCGAACACGAUUUUCAAUAAGAGGAUGCAGGUAUUCCCCGAUAUACGCCAUACUCGAUAUACGCAAAUUCGUUAUACGUGAUAUUCACAGUUCUUCGAGUAAAUUGUACUGAUUUGACACAUCAAUAGCCACAUGCAAAUCAAUAGUCCUAUAAAUUACCUUUCGGUGGAAUUUCAAGAAUCAUUUUAAAAGGUACAAGAGUGUUAUCUUCCGUUAGAAUCAAAUCUAAUAACUAAUGUAGUGGCUAAAACCAACUACUUAAAGAAAAAUUACACGAAAAUUCUCUAUAGUUUGACUGCAAACUUCUAAAUUCCAUGUACCCGAAUAUUCGAGAUACGCGAUUGCCUCCGGUCCGCAUUUGAAACCCUAUACAGUCAUUAUCCGAUAAACGCUAUCGUACGGGACCGAGCACAAUAGCGUAUCUUAAGUUUUCGCGUAUAGCGGAUUCCUAUGGAAAAUAGUUUACACUACCGGUUCGAGGGUUGAAAUAUAUCGCCACAGAUUUAUGGAUUAAUGUUUUUUGUUGUAAAACAGGUAUCUUUUGCACAAAUUUAAUGCAAAAUGCUUUAAGAACAUUAAGGAAAUCCAAAAAGAGCAUAAAAUAUUUCAAUGAAUUAAAAUAAUCGCAAACACACAGAGCUGGCAAAUUUAGAGGAAUCGCGAACUGCGAAUUCGCGUAUAUCGAGUAUCACGUACCGCGGAUAAUUGCUGUACAUCAUUCAAUGGCAAUGGCAGAACCGUUUGUGUAUGGUAAGAAAAACACAGAUUUCAGAGGUUUUCUAAAUUCGAUGGGCAAAAAUCUACUAAAAAUGAAGAGACUAUGAUGGAAUGGGAAAUGAUCAAAUAAGAGGGGGAUUUCGAAUUGGAGAGGUCUUAGGUUAGAGAGCAAGGAUUAUGUAUUAAGAAGGUGAAGUCUUAUCGCGUUUGCCUACCGCAUAUCAUGACGAAUGUUAUCGUUCUCCUAUCCUCCCCGACUCUAAUAUCCGAGCCCCUAGAAUUGUUAUGUCAAGUCGUGAAUUGUCAAUCUGUUCUGAAUCUGUUCGUUGUAUGCGAAACGCUCUGGAGAAGAGUUCAAAACAGGUAUGGAGUUUUGCAUCCAACUAUCAAGCCAAAAUGUAUAGCGAUUUCAUUGGAUUGGCGGACUGGUAGAUAUGGAGUAAGGGUUGCUUCCCAAUUUUGUUUGAAUCUUUGGAUUCCCUAGCUGACAAAUGAAGACUUGUCAAUGUACACUGAACGGGCCAACUCGUAAUAAUUUAUUGACCUUCAUCCAGCUAUGGAGCGGUCGGUUCAAGGGCUAUAGAAUUUAUGUUUAAGAAUCACGUGAUGUAUUAUGAGUUUAAGGUGUAUAAACUCUUGUUUUAGGAUCGUAAUUAGGAAAUCGUAAUUAAUGCGCAAUUACAUGUAGUAGGACUAACUAUUCACUAUGUAAGUAUUUCUUACAUCCUAUCCGAUUCUACAUCAUUUUUUAUUAUUUCUUCUGAACAACAUCUGACGUACUUAAACGAAGGUGUAGAUUUAUAAUAGGGUGUUCAAAGUUUUUGAAGAAAUUAUUUGACAAACGUCUAUCUUUAGUCAUUUGAGACAGGUGUUUAGAAAUAGAUUUAACGAAGAAAAUUAAAGACGGAGGGAGGGGUGAUUUGAUAACAAGGUAGGACUAUGAAGGACACUAUUAAAAUAUGUAUAGUCAAAUAUGAGGAGAAAUGUUGCUGCAGAGAAGAUAUAGUAGGGUAGAAGAUGUAAAACAAAAAAAUGUUUCAAUAGCAGGACAUUACAAUUACAUACAGUAGAGCGUCGAUUAUCCGGGCAGCUCGGGACCGGACGGUUGCCGGUUAAUCGAUUUGCACGGAUAAUGGUCCGAGAAAUGUCAAACGCAUAUAAAAAUUAUGAAAUUCACUAGUUUUACAGGGUU